CCGACUUCUUGAGAUUCUUCCUGGGUUUUCAAUCUCAGCUUUAUUUAGUAUCCUGCCGUCCCUACGCUCUCCAACAUCUCAACCGCACAGUCGACAGGGCCCUUCUGAACACCCCCAGGUAGUGAUAGAGGCCAUGGCCGCCGAGGUGCAACUGCCCCUGCAGGUGUCGACCGGCACUCCGCCGAAGGGCCAGAAGGGCGAACGGAUCAGCGGCGAGCGACGCCAAAACAAACGGCUGGUCGACCGAAACGGUCAACGACAAGCUCGAGAUCGCACCAAGAACAAGAUCGCCGAUUUGGAGUCUCAAGUGGCACAUUUGAUGAGCCAGUCCGGUAACGAGGUCUGUCGCGAGCUGAGGGAACAGCUCGAGAGCGCCCGCACCGAGUACCGCUCGCUCAAACGCAAGCUCGCAACGAUAUAUUCGCUGGCCCAGAUCAACCUGGACGAGGAGUCUGAGGCCCGUCCUGACAUGGCGGAGAAGGAACGGGCUGAUAUCUCUCUAUCCUUUGCUCAGCCCAAUCCGCACAAAGCGUCCCCGGUGGUCGUGGGCGAUCCCCAGAUCCAAGCUCUCGGCGAAUCUGACCCUCAGCCGCGCGGGCCUGUAUAUGGCAUCCACGGUGAGGCUGAAUUCGGGUUUCCUCUCGAUGAUAGCCUCAAUUCGGACUUUUCGGGUACUAUAUUCGAUGGACGGACCUUCAAUCCGAUAGGGUCAGGGCCUACACCACCUGAGAAGGUUGAAAUGGUCGUCUCCCACGCCAGUAGCACGAUCACUUUCAUGCCUAUUUCGUUUCCUGAACGUGGGCCCUCGUGCACGUGUUUCUCCAACUCCCGUCCUCACGACCAGGCCAACAUGUGGGCGUUUGUGAGCCAGAUGUUGAAUUGGGGGCAGACGCAAAGCCGGCUCGAGUCCAACAAUGAUGACACUGCCGACGACGUUGCCGUCCGCGCUGUCACAACAGGCUGGGAUAAAUUGCCCGGGGGCAACUUAAGCACCUCGUGGCAAUGCUUGCGGGAGGUCGACAAAAAAGUAUGGGUAUGGUCUCGCGAAGUUAAUCGGUCUCGCGAAGUUAAUCGCCUCGCCAUUCUCUGCAUCAUGGAUUUGCUGCUCCAGUACCACAUCAAUCCCACAGAGGCUAAUAGGUCGAGGGUACCUACAUGGUAUCUUCCAAGGUAAACACCCGCGUCUCUACUCCACUUCCUCGUUUCCUGCUUGUGGCGACGACGUUAACCAGCACUAGGCCGUCGCAAAUGGCCAAGAAACAUGCCUAUGCCAUAGAUUUCUUCGUUUGGUAGGUGACCGCCCGGCUUCAACAAGACCAUCAUUCUCUGAUCUCUCCUUUCCCAGGCCGGGCAUCCGCGAGCGAUUGAUCCUCUGUUAUCACAAGUACUGUUCCGACGAGUUCUGGUCACUUCUGGCGAAACAUUUUCACUUCGUUUGGCCUUAUAAUCUCAGCGAUUGCUAUGUGCGCGAUCAAUCGACGAAUAAAUAUCGGUUAUCGGAGGCAUUCCGCAUGCAACUCCAUGAUCUCAAAUCGUUCACCUUUGAUGUCGGCAUGUUUUCGACCUACCCGGAAUUUGAUGGCGACGUAACUGUAGGCUCACUCGGGGCUGAACAGAAUGUGGGAAGCUUCUCGCGAUGGAGAUAGAUCCCGGUCCAGCGUCUAGGCGCAGAUAUAUUGUACAAGGGAGUUUGAUAGUGCUGCUGGACCGUUGCUUAUACGAUAUCCUCUAGAUUGCAACUAGACUAGUCGCUAUUCUGAGUUUAUUGGUGCCGGAUGAGUCCUCCCAAACCAAAGCGAGCGGUGCACAAGAAUCGUUGUCGAGGUAGUAGGGUGGAGG